ACCAUGUGCUGCUGUGGGAACGACGACUGCGCAUUCCAGCAGCAAAACAACGAAGCCUUUGCUUCAUUGGACGAGAAUCUACGCAAAGCCGGACGGCUGGGAAAGGCCCUUCUCGUCCGCCAUGAAGCCUACGUGGCCGAGGCUGAGGAGCAAAAGGCUCUAAUGGAUGCUGAGAUCACCCGUAUGACCGAAGAAAAGAAGGAGCUCGAAGCAAAUAAUGCCACAUUGAUCGAAGAGAACCGCAAUCUGCUUGACCAACUCGAAGGUCUCAACAAUGCUGCCGUCGAAUCAGAUGCUCACACUCAGUCACUUACUGCCACUCUACAACAAACUCAAGCCGAACUACAUCGAUUGAACACACUUGCCGCUCGCACCGAGAGACUGGAACGGGAGGUCGAGGAGUACGAACAAGAACAGGCUAUCCUCCAUGCAACUCUUGCCCACAAGACAGAGUCGGAGAAAGCUGCAACCUUGCGAUGGCAGGAUGCAGAGAGAAAGUUGGCUGCCAUGGAGAGCCAGCUGGAGAGGAUAGAGCGUGAGGCCAGAGAGGACAAGGAGAGACAUGUCGAAAUCGUCGCACGUAUGGAGAGGCAACGAGUGGUUGAGAAGGAACUGGAUACUGUUCCUGGCCGACUCAACGGUGCUGCGGCUGCAAAGACGGCAAAGCAUGGCAGCACUGUCGUCUCACACUUCGUCAAGGAUAUUCUUUCAGACAACGUCAAUCUGCAAGCUGGAAUCGCCGAGUUGCGUGAGAUGCUCGACAACUCAAAUGAGCAAGUCGAGAUCCUAAGAAAUCAACUCGCCCAGUACACGCCCACAGACAUGACUUCCGACAUCGAAUCUCCUGCACCAUCAUUACGCCCGAACCUCGAGAAGGAAAUUAAGCGGGCUAGUAUGCAGCAAGAAGUUCAUGUCCACCAUCACUACCACGCUCCUGCUGAGCACUCAAGGAAAGCAAGUCUGACACUACGCCGACCAAAGAAGAAGCGCAAUGUAGUCUCGGCUUACACCAGGCCAACAAUCCUGGACGAGGACAUUUACACGCGCCCUCGGCAUCGCCGGGCUGCUUCGCAUGAAUCCUUGAUCUCCGUGUCUGGAAUGGAUAUUCACACCCUCCAAUCUCGUCCGUCACAGCUUUUGACAGCACAAAGUUCGAGGUCCUUCUCAUCACAAGCCUCUGUUACAGCUACCCUCUCCUUGGCACAUGCUGCUAGGCCUGCUACACCGCCAAGGGGUCUUGGUCAAAGGGUAGGCGGAUGGGUGUUUGGCAAGUGGGGAUCUACCCCGACGCCUACAGUCACCGUGUCUGCACCGAUGGACCAAAUCAAAGUCAAGCAGAAGCGCUUGUCAACAUCAGCGACCAAGCUAAGACCACCAGGCAUCAACCAGGCCGGACCCAUCUUUGGAUUCGGGCCAGAGCCACAACUUCCUCGCGAGCCUAUUCUCAGGACCUUGAAUGAAGAGGAGUUG